AUGACGGAUUUAGAAUGUUCCUUGCGUUUAUGCGCUGAGCCUUUAACAGUAAAUAUACCAAAACCUGUGAUGCAGUUUUAUGAAACUCAAGUAUACGAUGUGUUCGUGACCAAGGGUAACACUGCAGUUCUAAAGUGCCACAUUCCGAGCUUUGUCAAAGAAUAUGUAUCUGUGAUGUCAUGGAUGAGGGACGAUGGUCACAUCAUUCACGCAGAGGUCACUGCUGGUGGUCGUUACAGUGUGUUUUCUACUGGCGAAUUAUACAUACGCCAAGCAGAUUCUGUAACCGAUGGGAUGCGGAAGUUUUAUUGCCAAACAAAACAUCGCAUAAGUGGCGCAAUCAAGCAAAGUAGUUCAUCAGGAAGAGUAAUAGUUACAGAACCCCACAGUACAUUUCCACCCAGAAUCAUUGAUAGAAAAACCAGCCUGAUUGGCAAACAAGGUACUACAGUGGAAUUGCCUUGUGCGGCUGAAGGCUAUCCUGUUCCCUCCAUUCAUUGGUUAAAAUUUGAAAAGAGUCAAGCUUUAAGAUUGGCAAAAAACCAACGUUAUGUUCAAUUAGGUGGUACGCUCAUCAUCCGACGAGCUGAACCAGAAGACAGUGGAAAGUAUAUAUGCUACGUGAACAACAGCGUUGCCGAUGAAAGAGUUCAUACAGAGCUGUUAAUUGCUGCUCCUCUGAAAGUAAGCGUUACUCCCAAGCAAGUCAAAGUAGAAGAAGGAGAAUCGAUAAUAUUCAAUUGUUCUAUUAAAGGCCACCCAAUCCACUCUGUAACGUGGGUUAAGAACUUGAACCCAAUUGUCGCCAACAGCAGAAUCAGAUACUUAUCCCGAGAUCUUCUUCAAGUAGCUCCAAUAGUUAGAGAGGACAAGGGCAUGUAUCAGUGCUUCGUUACCAAUGAUUUUGGAAUGUCUCAGGGCUCUGCUGAAUUAAAUCUUGGUGAUGACCCACCCGUAUUGGCUUAUACUUUCCCCGAGCAAACACUCGAACCUGGUUCCUUCCUGUCAUUGAAAUGUACAGCCACUGGAACCCCACUGCCUCAAAUCACGUGGUCUCUCGAUGGAUUCCCUGUCACCGAAGGAAUUCGUACAAGAGUUGGGGAUUUCGUCACCAGUGAUGGAUUCGUAAACAGUUUUGUAAAUAUCACACGACUGCAACCUGAGGAUGGAGGAACGUAUGAAUGUUUAGGGUCGAAUGAUAUAGCAACCGUAGGACAUUCUGCUAGACUAAACGUCUAUGGACCGCCAUUUGUAAAACCAAUGAGAAACAUAUCCGUCCUUGCGGGUAGCAAUUUAGUGAUAAAAUGUCCGGUUUCGGGAUAUCCCAUAGAAAAAAUUCUUUGGGAGAAAGGCGAAAGCAAACUUCCGCAGAAUCGACGACAGCAGGUUUUCCCUAACGGGACAUUGAUCAUCAAUACUGUGGAUCGGAACAACGAUGAAGGAAGUUACAGAUGCAUCGCAGAAAACAAAGACGGCGAAACUGCCUUCAGGGACGUAGAAGUCAAAGUCCUUGUUGCUCCUGUAAUCAAUCCAUUUCACUUUCCAAACAAUUUAAAAGAAGGAAACAGAGUGAUUAUUACAUGUUCAAUACUGGAUGGCGACACUCCAAUCAAUUUAAAUUGGUACAAAGAUAAUCAACCAAUAAUAGACAACGCUAAUAUGAGAGUUGAUUCGACAAAUGAGUUCAUGUCUGUACUAUACAUGAAACGAGUUACAUAUGAAAACAACGGCAAUUACACUUGUGUCGCUUCCAAUAGAGCUGAUGUUGUAAAUUUUACUGCACCGAUGGUUGUUAAUGUUCCUCCUCAAUGGAAAAUCCAACCAACGGAUAAAUCAGUUGUUGUUGGGCAAAAUGUGAUAGUUGACUGCCAAGCAGAUGGAUUUCCACAGCCUAGAAUUUGGUGGGAAAAGUCAGAAAUCACUGGUUCUAGAGAUUACAAGACAAUCAUUAGUAAUUCCCACAUUCAUGCAUUAGAAAAUGGAUCUUUAAUGAUUCGAGAAUCGGAACAAAAUGAUGCUGGCUACUAUCUCUGCCAAGCAACCAAUGGCAUUGGAUCUGGACUUAGUAAAGUUAUUGAGCUUACUGUUCACGUUGCUGCCUAUUUCAAAGGAAAGUUUGUUGCUCAAACUUUGAAAAAAGGUGAAAGCAGUGUUCUAUUUUGUGAAGCCUUUGGCGAAAGCCCUAUCACAAUACUUUGGAGUAAGGACAGACAACCUUUUGAUCCUGCCUCAGAUCCCAGAUAUGAGAUGACAACUGAGAGUAGAAAGGAUAGCCUAAUAUCAAAAAUAUCCAUUCAUUCUGUAGAUAGAAGAGAUUCGGCACUUUUUACAUGCGUAGCGACAAAUGCGUAUGGACAAGAUGAUACCAAUUUACAACUUAUUGUCCAAGAAGCUCCAGACAGUCCAGGAAACAUCCUGGCUACGGAAAUCGGGAGCCGUACAAUCACGAUUCGAUGGGCAGCUCCAUACUCUGGUAACAGCCCUAUAGUGUCCUACAAAGUGCAGCACAAGCUCUCCUCUGAGACUUGGGGAGACAAUGAUAGGACAUCCACCAUUUCUGGCCGGGAAACUUCCGCCAUUUUGAGAGGUUUAAGGCCUGUUACCAGUUACCACGUGAGGGUAAUGGCUGAGAAUGGUAUUGGAUGGAGUGAACCCAGCCAAGCAGUGCACAUCACCACAGCAGAGGAAGCCCCUGAAGGUGUACCGACUGCUGUUCAUGCUGUUGCUUCAUCAUCAAAUACUAUUCAUGUUUCUUGGCAACCUCCUAAAAAAGAGCUAAGACAUGGAAACGUCAAAGGAUAUUAUGUCGGAUACAAACCCUACGGAGGAGCUGAGAACUAUAUUUAUCAAACAGUUGAAGUACAAGGAGAUUUUAAAGAAGAAAUUAUUUUGACAAAUCUUCGGAGAGCCACAAAGUACAGCAUAAUUGUACAAGCUUUUAAUGGAAAAGGAUCAGGCCCCCCUUGUGAAGAGCUUAUUGUUGAUACUUUACAAAAUGAUCCACCUGUAUCACCAAACUUAACAAUAACAUCAGCUACCACUUCAACAGUUCAACUUAAAUGGUCUUCCAUAGAGAACGAAAAUAGUCCUAUAACUGGGUAUUAUAUAUUUUUCAAGAAAGAGUAUGAAACUUGGGAGGAGAGGCAAGUUCCUGGCCAUCAAACAAGUUACACUUUUCAGGAUUUGUAUUGCGGUUCCCACUAUCAAUUUUACAUUGUGGCUUACAAUGCCGUUGGAAAAGGCAAACCUAGUGAAGUGAUAGCGGGUAAAACUUCUGGCACAGCUCCAAAUCCGCCAAAAAGGGAUGCUCUGCUCAGCAUCAAUUCAACAGCUGUAACACUCCAUCUAAAUACAUGGCUUGGAGGAGCUUGUCCAGUGAACUUUUUUAUAGUACAAUACAAAGCCAAUACACAAAGAGAAUGGAUAUUGGUCUCUAAUAAUAUUGUUCCAGAACAGAAAACAUCAACCAUAACGGAUCUAACACCAGCCACCUGGUAUACAAUUUUGAUGACCGCACAUAGUGAAGCAGGGCCAACGGAAGCAGAAUAUGUGUUUGCUACAUUAACAGCAUAUGGUGCUACAGUCCCUCCACCGCUAAGCAUCGAUGAACGCAGACCGAUGAUAUAUAGAAGUCUCAGUAUUUUAGUUCCAACUGUGUGCGCAGCUGUUGUCCUAGUGGUCAUUUUAAUCGUAGCUUGUGUCGUUGUAAGAAGAAGAAGACAAGUUGAUAAUCCAAAUCGCCGAGAUUCCCGGUUCCGAGACGACAAAUCAGGAGAAGGAAUGAGCAUGGCCGUGAUGGAACGGAAGCAGCAGGGCAGUGCCGGAAGCGGAAGUCCCAUUAAAGACCAGCUUUACUACCCUUCACCAUAUGCCAUGAGCCACAUUCCCAUGUUCCAAAAGCAGGGCUCGCCUGAAUCAGAUUGCAGUCAAAGCCUUAGAAGAGAUUUCGGCAGACAUGAACACAUUUAUGACGUUCCUUACCCUCCGAAGUGGCGAGAGCAAGAGACUUAUUCUCAUAUAAUGGAAAACACAAACAUAGCAAUCCAUCCAAGCAAUAAUUUAUAUCAAACACCUCGUGUUAUACCAGUGCACGCUGUGCGUGCAAGCACACCUUCCCAUAGAGAAAGAAGGUCAAGCAAAAGCAGAAAUUCUCACCGUUUAAGUUACAAAAUGUCCAAUAUGGCUUCAGAAGGCCAUUCAGGAGACGAGAGUGAAAAUGAAACCACUUACAUAUUCAACAGGGAGUUGCCAGCUUCUUAUCUUGAUACUCAUGAAAUGUCAGAAGCCGAGUGCGACAGAGACUUACACGAGUUUUGUGAAAAAAAUGAAAAAUUUCAAAUAUUUGAGCAAUACGAUGGACAGAGGAUAUGUAUAACUUGAAUAAAGGUGGUCCCUGAGAAAUGUAGUAAUGUAAAUAAUGAACUAAUUUGUGAUCAGUUGUAAAUACAUCUUCAUUAAAGCAAACAUUUGAGAUAUAUCUAUGUGUGUUUUCCAAAAAAAAAGUGAGAAAUAAACUUCAUCUAGUUGAAUAUUC